UUUAAAAAAUCUCGUCGAUUUUUCUUAAUAAUAAUAUAAAGUAAUAUUAUUAAGUUUAAAUAAUUAGCGAAUGAUUAUAUUUUAAAAGUUGUAUUAAUCAGUAUUUAGAGUUAACUUCAGAAUUAUUGAAUAAGCUUGAAAACAUUGCCUGCCGUGCCUAUAUUUGCACUAAUAAAUCGAACUCAUUACCGGCAGGUAUUGCCAGUUGCUUGUGCAAUUUAUUUGUGGUCGGACGUGUAUUCCAGCGACUUAUUGCUUUUUUGUCAUACAAGAUUAUACCUUUAUAAUAAUGGCUGAUGCAGGUGUCAAUCCUUUUGCGCAGUUUCAGAAGUCGUUUGCAUUAAAUGGAAUCACAUAUAAAUACUUCGAUCUAGCUUCAAUUGAUCAAAAAUACAAUCAGUUGCCAUACUCUAUUCGUGUACUCUUGGAAUCGGCAGUCAGAAACUGUGAUAAUUUCUACGUGCUCGAGAAAGAUGUGCAAAAUAUUUUGGCUUGGACACCUGAACUAAAGCAGGGGCACAAUGAUGUGGAGGUUUCUUUCAAACCCGCUCGUGUUAUACUCCAGGAUUUUACUGGUGUGCCUGCUGUCGUCGACUUUGCAGCAAUGCGCGAUGCAGUUUUAAAACUUGGUGGCGAUCCUCAAAAAAUUAAUCCCAUUUGCCCAGCUGACUUAGUAAUUGAUCACUCGGUACAAGUGGAUUUCACCAGGAGUCCUGAUGCCGUAACAAAGAACCAAAAUUUAGAAUUUGAACGUAACCAGGAGCGUUUUACAUUCCUAAAGUGGGGUGCACGAGCUUUCAAUAAUAUGUUGAUUGUUCCACCUGGUUCUGGUAUUGUGCAUCAGGUGAAUUUGGAAUACCUCGGACGUGUGGUAUUCGAAGAAGGCAUUGGUAAUACCAAAUUGCUUUAUCCAGACAGCGUUGUCGGAACGGACUCUCAUACACCGAUGAUAAACGGGUUGGGUGUACUUGGCUGGGGAGUUGGGGGAAUCGAAGCAGAGGCUGUUAUGCUGGGUCAAUCGAUUUCCAUGUUGCUCCCGGAAGUGGUUGGUUACAAACUCGUUGGCAAAUUAGGGCCACUUGUUACAUCCACUGAUUUAGUAUUGACAAUUACAAAAAAUCUCCGACAAGUUGGUGUAGUUGGAAAAUUCGUCGAAUUUUAUGGUCCUGGUGUAGCAGAGUUAAGUAUUGCAGAUCGUGCUACUAUUGGUAAUAUGUCUCCAGAAAAUGGAGCAACUGUAAGCUUCUUUCCAAUCGACGAAAAUACUUUGGCUUACUUGAGACAAACCAAUCGGUCAGAAGAAAAGAUAGAAGUUAUUCGACAAUAUCUAAAAGAGACAGGACAAUUGCGGGAUUACUCCGAUGCCUCACAAGACCCCAACUACUCACAAACUCUAACUCUUGACCUAUCGACGGUUGUAACAUCGGUUUCUGGCCCAAAACGGCCACAUGACCGCGUUGCAGUGACAGAUAUGAAGGGAGAUUUCCAAGCAUGCCUUAUAAAUCCUGUCGGUUUCAAGGGAUUUGCAAUCGCACCAGAUGCUUUAUCCGCUUCUGGUCAAUUCCAAUGGGAUGAUGCCAAAUCCUACACCAUUCGUCAUGGAUCUGUUGUGAUCGCCGCAAUAACAUCUUGUACAAAUACUUCCAACCCAUCAGUGAUGUUAGGAGCUGGUCUCCUAGCCAAAAAAGCAGUGGAGAAGGGUCUCUCGGUAAUGCCUUAUAUAAAAACUUCAUUGUCACCUGGAUCAGGUGUCGUAACUUAUUAUCUUCAAGAAUCUGGUGUUGUUCCCUACUUACAAAAACUUGGUUUCGAUAUUGUCGGCUACGGCUGUAUGACAUGUAUCGGUAACUCAGGACCAUUAGACGACAAUGUGGUAAAUACAAUUGAAAAGAACGGUUUGGUAUGCUGUGGCGUAUUGUCGGGCAACCGAAACUUUGAGGGCCGUAUUCAUCCGAAUACGCGCGCUAACUACCUGGCCAGUCCCCUGCUUGUGAUUGCUUAUGCUAUAGCUGGGCGCGUGGACAUAGACUUCGAAACUGAGCCGUUAGGCGCAGGUCCAAAUGGCGAAACGGUGUUUCUGCGCGAUAUUUGGCCAACCCGUAAUGAAAUUCAGGAAGUGGAGAGCAAACACGUCAUUCCCGCUAUGUUUAAGGAAGUAUACAGUAAAAUAACAUUGGGCUCUGAGGACUGGCAGAGGAUUGAGGUGGCAGAAAGCAAAUUGUAUCCUUGGAAUAGUGAGUCCACAUACAUUAAGCACCCUCCAUUCUUCGAAGGUAUGACACGCGAACUACCGCCACUAAAGAGCAUAAAAAAUGCGCGAUGCUUGCUGUUUUUGGGCGAUUCAGUUACAACUGAUCACAUAUCACCGGCCGGCUCUAUUGCCAGAAAUUCGCCAGCUGCUCGUUAUCUAUCCGAACGUGGCUUGACUCCACGCGACUUCAAUUCCUAUGGCUCAAGACGUGGCAAUGAUGCUGUAAUGGCUCGUGGUACUUUCGCUAACAUUCGAUUGGUUAAUAAACUGGUGAGCAAGCCUGGUCCACGCACUAUUCAUGCGCCAACUAACGAGGAAAUGGAUGUGUUCGAUUGUGCUGAUCGCUAUCGCGAAGAUGGCACACCUCUAGUGCUGAUAGCAGGCAAGGAUUACGGUAGUGGUUCCAGUCGCGACUGGGCUGCUAAAGGACCAUUGCUAUUGGGUAUCAAGGCAGUUAUAGCUGAGUCAUACGAGCGUAUCCAUCGCUCUAACUUAGUUGGCAUGGGUAUGAUACCUUUGCAAUUUUUGCCAGGCCAAAACGCAGAUUCUCUCAAUCUAAACGGACGUGAAGUGUAUAAUAUUUCAAUACCAGACACCGGACUGAAGCCUGGACAGAAGAUUCAAGUAGAGGCAAAUGGCACUGUUUUCGAAACAAUUUUACGUUUCGAUACUGAAGUCGACAUAACCUACUACAAAAACGGAGGUAUACUUAAUUAUAUGAUUCGAAAAAUGUUUGCUUAGAGGAUUAAAAAUUGAGUGUUAGACUCAAGUGCAACUUGUAGUCUGAAAGACAUUUCGUAAAAUUGUUAUAAAUGGUUUUUAAUUUACAGUUCUAUAUAGAUUACAAAGUAAUAUAGCAUUAUGGUUGAAAAGGGUAAAUAUGCGUUAUUUUAAACAAAAUAUAUGAAAUAUGUUAAACAUAUAAACACGUUCAAAGAGGCAUUUUCACUAUCAG